CACGACAACGCUUCUUCUCCAUCAUGCAACCAAUCCUCAUGAAGGACUUCAAUGCCCAGAAGUCAUUGCGGCUACGUCUUCUUUCCGCGACUUCCGAGUCGAGCUAAGUGGAACCAGACUGUCGAGUUCGCUUUUGAGCGUGUGCGAACAGUGCCAAGCACUGUGAGCUUCUUAGUGUCCACUUAGCUUUAACUACCCAGGAUUUACGUUUUCCUGCUGGUUUAGGGACACGGCUGGCAAUCUCAAAGAGAACGGACAAGACUCUGGCUCCAGAAACGGGGGAUCGAGGAGAGACAGGGACUUGCAAUCUAAAGCAGAUUGCCCUGUCCUGAAGAAACCUCUUCUGAAGACUUCCAGGACCCGCUUCCUGAGGUGAGAAGCAAGGGUCCUUCUGCAGAGGGAGCUGCAGAUGGCUCAAGACCAGCCUUUGGUGGCUGUGCAGGAGGUCCUGCGGAGGUGCUUCCCCGUGGUGGAGGAGCAGCAGGGCCUGUGGCAGAGCACUCUGCAGGACUGCUCGCCCCUCCUCUCCUCGCUCAGCAACCUGGCUGAGCAGCUGCAGGCUGCACAGAGUCUGCGGUUUGAGGAUGUGCCGGCCCUCCGGCCCUUCCCCGACGUAGAGGAGCGGCUGAGGCGCAAGCAGCUGGAAGCUGGUGACAUUGUCCUGGACAAGCUGGCUGAGAGGCUAGCCACCCUCCUCAAGGUCCGCGACACCGUCAGCAGGCACGUGGAGCAGGUGUUUCAGACCUACGAGCAGCAUUCGGCUGUGCUUGACAUGGACGCGCUCCUGCGGCCCUCGGUUGUGAGCCCCUCUGUGGCCGACAUGCUGGAGUGGUUGCAAGACAUUGACAGACACUAUCGAAGCUCGUACCUGAAGAGAAAGUACCUCCUCUCCUCCAUCCACUGGGGAGACUUGGCCAGCAUCCAAGCACUGCCCAAGGCCUGGGACCAGAUUUCCGAAGAUGAAUGCCAGACCCUCGUGCCAGAUAUCCUGGUGAGUGUCUCCUUCUUCCUGGAGGAGCCAGGAAGCUGCGCAGUGUCUGGAGAUCUGGAGCCCUGCAGUUGAGGACGGCUGUGGCUGCCUCUGCUGUUUCUAAGUGAGCAUCGGCAGUGCAGCCCGACACCCUGAGAUACCGGAACCUACGGUAGAGGUCCCUAGGGCUUCCUCACGCCGGGCCGUGGCCCAGGGUCCAUGGCUGUUGCGCCUGCGGCUCUGGCAGGUGGAUAGGGGCAGAGGGAACAGGAAAGGCAGCGCUGAUGAGCAGUGUCCAUCUCCAUUGUUAGGCUGGACUGGCAGGGAAGGAAGGGCAGGAGGUAGAGGGCCACAGCGGCCUCUGCGUCAGCUGAAGUCCUUCGUCCGGUUGGCUCAGGUUGUGUGUGUCAAUAUCUGAGUCCUUAAUGAUUUAAAGAUAUGAGUGGGUCUGGGAGUGCAGGGCAGUAGCAAUGUGUGUGUGGCACACGUGAAGCCCUAGAUUCAAUCCCUUGCACACCCUAAAAAGGGAGGGACUGAAGGAAAGCAUUUGAAAUGCUCUUCACAGUAGUUUAAACCAAUUUCCAUUUCCAAAACCAGCCACCAGGGGGAGAUGGUGUAGCGUGAACGGUUCUGAAUGUUUUAUCCUUGAGAGGUCUCAUGUUGCUGUUAAAAGUAACUGAGAGCCGGGAAGAGCCCACCCACUGCUGGAGAGGCAAAGACAGGUGAUCUCUGAUUUUGAGAUCACCCUGAUCUACAUAGCUCCAGACUAACCAAGGCUACAUACUGAGACUGUCUUAAAAAAACCCACCAAGGCCAAAGAAAAGGAAAGAAAUAAGUGAACUGAGAAUAGUGAGACCCUCCAGCUGCCAGGGUUGAGACUCAGGUGACCUCUCAUUGACUACAUUCUUCUGAGUCUAGAGGGACUGGCCAGGUAGGAGAAUAUGCCAGCUGUGAUCGUUAGUUUGGAUUGUUCAUUUGAAACAUGUAAAGUCUCCUAGGAAGGGAAAUUCAAUGAGGAAUGUUCUAGAUUUGGCUGGCCUGCAGGCAUGGCUGCAGGAUUUUCUUCAUUGAGGUGAGAAGAACCAUUCUGAAUGUGGGUGGCAUCGUUUCACGGUUGGGCCCUAGAUCAAAUGAGAGAGAGAGCAGGCUAAACACCAUCAGGCACGCACUAAUCCAUUGCUCUUGAUGGUGGGUGUCAUGUGACCAGCUGCUUCAAGUGCUUGCCGCCCUGACUUCCCUGCGGUGUGGACUGUGCCCUCAAAUCAUGAUUCUAAUAAACCCUUUCUCAGUUGUACUGGUCA